AUAAAUAACCAUCUCACUACCAGCAUGCCACUGCUGUCUCUCUCUCUCUCUCUCUCUCCCCCUUGCUGUUGCUCCGCCGUCCUGUCCCAGAAACCCUAGUUAGGGUUCUUCCGGAUUUCUCGCCCUAACUCCACCUCCAAAUCUUUCUCCGAUCACGCAACACUUCGUUUCUCUGUCUCUUUUUUAUUCAGAUCCUUUCGUCGCCGCCAUGGAUGUAGCUCGCAAGAGAGGGAGGCCGGAUGCCACCAAUGGGAAUGGUGUUGAUUUGAAGCGGAGUAAAGUAAAUGUUCAGAUCUCAACUGAGGACGCAUAAUUAAUGUUAUACAGAAAUGGACUCAUUCCAACCUGCUAUAGGAAGUAAAUUGAAGCCAUGCACCAAGUUUUUCAGCACUGCUGGUUGCCCCUACGGAGAGGGUUGUCAUUUUCUCCACUAUUUCCCUGGAGGUGUUCAGGCUGUGCAACAGAUAACCGGCCUAGGGAAUUUGCCAUUAGUGUUGCCUGUGACAAACCCAGUCGCCCUUCCACCCUUUCAAAACAGUGCUUCUGCCCCCAUUGUAAAGACCCGUUUGUGCAACAAAUACAGCACUGCUGAAGGUUGCAAGUUUGGAGAGAGAUGUCGUUUCGCCCAUGGCGAGUGGGAGCUUGGCAAACCCGUUUUAUCAUUCAAUGAUGCCCCAAUCACAGCGCUUCCAUCUUUGGGAGUUGGGCGUCGGUUUGAACCUACUCCCCAUAGUGUGCAUCUAGCUGCCAGCUUUGGAGCCUCUGCCACUGCAAAGAUAAGUGUCAAUGCAUCCCUUGCAGGCAUCAUAAUCGGUAAGGGUGGAGUCAAUACUAAGCAGAUAUGCCGCUUGACUGGAGCAAAGUUAUCGAUACAGGACCAUGAUUCGGAUUCGAGCCUCAAAAACAUCGAGAUGGAGGGAACUUUUGAUCAGAUCAACCAGGCUAGUGCAAUGGUAAGAGAUCUCAUCAUCAACAUCACUGCUAGCACUAAACUGCCAGUCAGGAAUCCUGCUGCAUCCACAACUGCUCUCGGGAACAACUUCAAGACCAAAAUUUGUGAUAACUUUACUAGAGGUACCUGCACUUACGGCGAUCGAUGCCAUUUCGCUCAUGGAGACAACGAGCUGCGCAAAGUCCCUGUGUGAUGAAACCGGGUAACAGAUAACGUUUGACAAUGUGUUGCUUUUUGCCAUCAUCUGCCAUUUUUGAUUUGUGAGGUGGUAGAAACAUUUUAGAUGCUUUGUAUCCAUGCAAUCUUAGACCUUUUAGGGUCUCUUAAAUCCUAAUGCUAAUUCACACUGCAAUAUUCUGUUGUUCCUGAUGGUGUUCUUUUAGUUACUCAAUGAAUUUUUGUCUGAAGUGCAGUUGUAAUUUCAUAUUUGAUUAUGUAGCUUGCUUUUAUCACCGCUUGCUGUUGGUAUUGAUGGCAUUGCUUACUUGCAGGCUGUAAUAAUCCCAUUUUAUUAUGGCUAUGUAAUGUUAUUUUAUUUUUAAUGAG